GCACUCGCUGGAACAAACAAUGGUCCCUGUAAUGUCCCAGUGGUUGCAAGCCCAUUUCCAGUAGAUGUCCCCAUAUCAGGGGCGGACUGACAACUCAUGGGGCCCCCGGGCAAUAGGGGAUCAUGGGGCCCCUGUGUCCUUGCCCAAACUCAAAAAAGCCUAUGAAAAAGGUACCAGGGGCAUCUCAUGGGGCCCCCUACUGGCCCCAGGCCCUCGGGCAGUGCCCGAGUUUCCAAAUGGUCAGUCCACCCCUGGUCCUCCAUUUAUCAGGGCA